AUGGAGAGAGAAAGGAGCGAGGCUGAAAGUAGCAAAAUUAAGGGAGAAAAAUCAAGGAGUGCUAAAGAUACAAACGAGAGUGAGAUUCGCCCUAGAGAGAAAAAUAAAAAAAGGGGAGCUUUUUGGCUAGAGAAAGUGAGGAUAUUAUCAAAUUUGCAUGAAAUUGGAGAUGAGUGGAAAACAACAUUGAAGACCAAGUAUGGUCUUUAUAAGAGGCUUAUAAUGCCAUUUAGGCUUAUUACUGCACUUAGUACUUUCAUGAGGUUGAUGAACCAUGUAUUACGUGAAUUUCUUGAUCAUGAGAGUUUGAAGCAUCUCAAGAGGCAAGACAAUUUGAACCGAAGACAUGCAAAGCGGAUGGAGUUCAUUGAGACAUUCCCAUAUAUGAUCAAGUAUAAGAAAUGUAAGGAGAAUGUGGUUGCUAAUGCAUUAUCUCGAAGUGACUUUGGUAAUGUAUUUAAUACUUGUGCUACUGGGGCUGCUUUUAAUGAUUUCUAUGUGUUUGAUGGAUAUCUUUUCAAAAAGAAUUGCCUAAUUGUUCUUUGCGUGAGAUACUUGUUAAGGAGGCACAAGGGGCAGUCUAAUGGGUCAUUUUGGUUGCAUAAGACUUAUGACAUAUAG